UAUUUGAUUUAGGGACAGACACAUAGAAGUGGCGAGUUCUGUAUUGUUUGUUCUCGAAAGGUGUUAGGAUGGUACGAAGGGAACCCUCAACACUUUGAACGAACUCUGAUUUUAACUUUGUCUUGCUGGGUGAAUCAUUAACCCGACACGCUGUUGUGUGAAGCAGGAAUCCCUUCCGCUCCCACUGCCGAAUUGCCAGCGAUCUUAUCCCCUUUCUCUCGGUUUGGGAAUUGCUGAGCCGCUGGUCGUUAAAUUGGUUCAUCCAAAGAAAUCAGAUGCAUCUUUGAAGUCUCAUUUGGAAAUGAUGCAGAUCAGAUUGUUGAACAGCAGUUGAAGAAUGGAUGGAUUGGAUCAAACAGAAGCCACCUCGAGUCCCUUCUCUCCUGACAGGCUCACCAGCCACAUAGAUCAGUUCAACCACCAGCGUGGCAAAGGGGACUCUGGUUAUAGUUCCUUCUCUACUUCGUUCAACACUCCAGAGUACUUGUCUCUAGCUCAUUGCAGUGAGAGUCCCAGGCAAUCAAGAAAUGUGUUCUAUCAGGGUCCUGAUUCAGAGGCAUUGCAACAUACUGACACAGUAGUCCAUGAUGCUGGUGUUAUGGGCAAUGAAGAGAGACCUAUGUUCCCAUCAAUGGAUAACUCCAAUAGAAAUGGUAAUGAUAGGAAGUUUAAUUCGUCAAACCCACCUCCUCCACCAAUGCGCCUUGAUAGUUUCCUCGUUACAAAGCAGCAUGAUGGUCUUGGCAACAAUUACAGCUACGAUGGGCCUUGCCCCCCAAAUGUGACCGAGAGGUUAUCACUAACAGAGAGCAAGACACAGGGGAUGACUAUCGCAAGUUACCACCAAUCUGAGGUGACCACAAACCUGCCUCCUGAUAGAGUUCCUUCUAAUCUUGGACAAACCCAGUCUCCUUGGUGUACUCCAACUUCAAACUUGGCUGGUUUUGUGCCAGGAAAACAUAAUCACUCACUUGAAGGUGCUGUCAAUUUGCCUUCCAAAAGGACCGAUAAGGCAUCUCAAAACAACUCAAAUGAUUCAACUCCUUCCUUUGCCCAUCACAGCUUUGACUGUGCAGAAUUGCAGCAACAAAUGUACAAUCUCCCAUUGGCGCACAGAAUUAAACCACAUCCUGUUAGGCAGCAGCACCUCGAUCUGUCACCUGUAGUAAACCUUGGUAGUGCUAGUGAAAGUAAUCAAAUUACAGUACCGUAUUGUUACACCAGCAGUGCACGUACAGAAACAUCCACAAGAGAGUCCUCGCCAGCUGAAGGCAUUUCAGGGCCUAUCCAGGCCAAGGGCCUUGACAACACUGUGGAAGCAUAUAAAUCUGAGGUACAUUCUAAGCUUCAUGUAACUAGAGAUUGCAAAGGUAGAAAGGAAUCAUCGGAUCAGUUGAAUACCAGCCAUUUAGUUCUUUCAUCAUCUGGCAUAGAUUUGCAACCCACAUGUGGAAAGUUUGAAGUUAGAAGGCAUAACAACACCAGCAGCAGUCAAAUCUUCUACUGUGGACCCAGUGAAAAUUCUCACAACCCUAAACUACAUCCUACAGUGCCUGAGUCAGCAACGCAUAGCAAGUACAUAAGCCAAAGGCAAAUGAGAAAUAGCAUAGACAGUGCAGGAUCUCAGGUACUUCCACAUUCAGAGUCAAGAAUUGACCACAGCAUUUUAGCGGUGUCUAGGCCAGCAAGACAGGUAUGUACAGAAGGUGUUAUCACUGCUGAAAAUACUCCAAUGUUGCAUCGUCUUACCUUCGAAAGCGCAAAUAUUGCUAAAAAUGCAGCAGUGAAUGCUAAUCAGAAAAGACAAUACAUGGAGGAGCCAAAAGAGGCAUAUAAUCAGAGAGACAGAAACCAAGACAUGCGCAGGGGUGUCCAGAACAAACAGGAACAGUUUCACAAGUGCAAGAGUUCUUUGCAGCUCUUAGACGAAUCUAACAAACUUAACCAAUUGACUGAAGAAUGUCCAGACACCUUUGGAUCGCCAACUGAUUCUUCUAAAAUUGCUUAUAGAGAUCAAGUCAAGCAUGCACAGACUAUGGUCCUGAAGGAGACCUCCUUUAAACGUAGAGAUCUUCAGUUUAGUUGGCCAAACCGGGCUAAGCAGAAGCCCACCGAGAAGCCAAGCAUCACACACUUCCAAACAAUUUCUUUGACAGACCCAAGGCAUUUCCUCGAUGAUCCAACAACCACAAUGCCACCAACACAAGUAUUACAUGAGGACCUACCAGCUAAAGCUUUGGCUUCUGAGCAUCAGGCUGCUCGUAUAGGGAACAGGAAAAAACUGACACCUCAAGAGAAAAAGAUCUAUCAUUCAGUACCUGAAAAAAUAAAUCAAUUAGGUGUGCCAAAUAGUUCAAGAAAAUGCUCUCCUUCAUCAGAGCAGGACAGUAAUUUCCCAAACCCACAUGAAGAGAGAAGCAUUGUAUCUUCCAGGCAACAACUGUUUGAACCAACUUCCUUGGCAGCAAAUACACCUGUGGCGUUAAAGCAGAUUCAGCACAAGGCCUUAGUUGAGUACAUGGAUCGCAAGAAAAGUCAGAGACCCGGUGGCAUAGAACCCAUAUGUGAACAAACCCAAAUGGCAAGGUCUAUUGCACACUGGAGAUUAUCAGACUGGAGUUCCAAUGCAUGUUCCAACCUCAGCUCUGCCAAAGGGCAGAACUUAUCCCAGGAUGAUUCCUUGGCAAUGCCAGCUGUCUGCACUAAUGUGUCUCUCAACAGCCAGUUAGGCCAGCCAUUUGAAAACCACUACUUUCAAAAGCAGGCAGAUGACAUUAUUAUUUCUGGACCAUUUGCCUCCACUGAUAAUUUGCCGGACCCACCAAAGUCUGUUCGUUCUGUUGGGCGCCCAAGAUCAAAGUCAUCCCCAUUAUCCUCACAGAAGGAUUUGCCUCCUGGUCUAAGCCCAGAACCAUUGGUACAAAUGCGUAACAGCAACACCACUUCCAGAUCUGCUUCUGGUAAAAUCAGCUCUGUAACUGAUCGGACGACUUAUUCAAAAUGUCAUGAAAAUAAGCGUAAAAACAUGGCACCCAGCAAGGGCAUACUUGCAAGACAAAGAGGAAUGUCAUUGGAUGAAUUCCAGAUGUCAAGAGUUGAAAGUCCCCCAUUACUGAGCAGAAGUUCUGACCAACUCCACCACUCUGUGAUUGACAAUGAACUAGAGUCCCAAACUGGAAAUAUGGGACCUCCAGAAAGAUCCAGUGGAACUCCAACUAACUGGAAUAAGGCAGCGCUGACAUUGAAACAAGAACCUCCAACACUAUCAAGAUUGCCUUCCCCCAAACAAGAUGGGAUUAAAUUGAAGCAGGAAGGUAUUAAGUUAGGAUCUAACCAGGUUUCAGCUGUCACUGUCUUUGAGACAGAUUCUAAAGUGACCAAGGCUCAUACAGGUUCGUCUGCAGAAUCUCCAUCUUCUACAUCCCCACCUCCACAUUCCAGGCUGCAAUCUCCACGAAGGAAUUCAAGAGAUCGGGCGCAUUCCCUUUCAUCCCUGUCUUCCUCGAGAGAUGAUGUGUUUCUUGAGGAUUCUUCUGUAAUAUCAGAAAACAGUAAGACAGAUCCUUGUUCAAUUUCUGAAAAUUUUUCUGUUCAAUUCAGUAUCACACAACAGCAUCGGACAAAAAGGUUUGAAUCUUCACCCAUGGAAAUGGCAACAAAUAAAGAAACCAAAUUGGUUACACAAUCAGCCAGAGAAAAUGGUGAGGAAAAUCAUAACAGGUAUAUGUCAACGGGGUUGGGACUUUCAUCAAACUGUCCAGACCUCACUAUUGAAAGACCCAUGUCAACCCCCAUGGCACAAGUUGCAAAGUCUGCUGAGGGCAAAAGUGAGACCAAUCAGCCAUUUCCAGUGAAGGACCAUCAAGACAAUAGGGAAGAGCCAUCUCCACAGCUUUCAAAAGACCCGGGGACAAACUCUGUCCAUGUAAGGGUGAAGGCAAAGACUCCUGAAGACCUCAGAAUCGAGGAGCUUAUAAAGGAAAUUAUAAAUGAAGAUCAUUCACUAGCAGAUGUGUUCGAUCCCAACCCUACAAGGAAAACUAUAAUGGAUCUUGUGACAGAGUUGUUUCAAAAGGAUACUUUGGUGCUUGAGGCUUGUCAGAGGAGACAGCAAAUGUACAGUCAGGGAAUGGAGAAGGAAACCAAGAAUAAAGACAAGCAACAUAAUCCACACCCAUUUCUAACAAACACAAAUUUCCAAUCUGAAAUAUCAAUGAAAAUCAAUCAAAAACAAGAAAGCACCAAGGGUGAAAUGGAGUGUCAAAGUGAUGCGACAGAGAAGAAGAAGGAGUUAAUUAACACCAUUAAAUGUAAACUUCAAAAGCUUCAGGAAGUUAAAGCUGGCUUAAAUGUGGAUAUCAAAAGAAAUAGCACACUGGGUGAUGACAUCCAGGCCUGGGUGAAUGAAGUCUGCACGCCUAAUGAAGUCCAGAAAUACAACACAUUCAUUGAGGAUCUGGACAAGGUGAUGAACUUGCUGCUGUGUCUAUCUAGCCGUCUGGUGCGAGUGGAAAGUGCCCUGAGUAAAGUCAGUGAGGCCACUGACGUGGAAGAGAAGAAAUCAUUGAAUGAAAGGCACCGGACACUCUCUCGCCAGCAUGAAGAUGCCAGAGGACUGAAGGAACAUCAAGACCACCGGGAACGAGUGAUCUUCAGUAUCCUAACAAACUACCUCACUAAGGAACAGCUUCAGCACUGUGAAUAUUUUAUCCAAAUGAGAAAAGCUUUACUAAUCAAACAAAAAGAACUUGAAGAGGAUCUCAAAUUAACUGAGGAGCAACUUGAACUUUUUGAAAACAUCCUUCAGAUAUGAUUUCAUUUUGCUGUUUAUUAAACUGAUUAUUAGGUUCCCAAAAUGACUCCCAUUAAUGUUGAAAAGUGAUUUAGAAAUCCAGCUUACAAAGUAGGUUAAAGCAAUUCAUUCCAAAACUAGCAAAUAUUUACUGUACUCUUAUUGUUUCCAUGUGAAAUAACUGAAUUGGAUAAUUAAAUAUAAAUGAAUUGGGGCUACGCUGUAAAAUUAGAGCCAGCUGAUAGCAGAUUAUUGGUUGUCGAUAACUAACUGAAAGUUUUUAUCUAUCAUUUUGAAAUCAUGAACCACAACAGCCCAGAUUUUGCAGUCAGUGUCAAAGCAUUGGAACUUAUCAUCAAACUCAAAGUAAGUUCACAAAGAUCCAUUGAUCUCUGCAAUGUGGUUUUCAUUUCUGGGCAUCAGUUUGAGUCUGCUGCCAAGUCAAGAGCACAUUCGGAUGUCCAUCAAUGUUGGUAUUAUUAAGCUGGACCAUCUAAUCACAUUGAAGAACUCUCACAAACAGCAAACCAGGAAAUCAAAUGCACUCAUCAUACUUAAUUUUGACUGUCAUAUUGCAGAGUAAAAUAAUAAUUUUGGAUCGAGAUUAUAUAUUAAUGUACAACUAUCAUGAAAUAACUUUUAAAAAGUGAUUUAAAAAGUGGAUUUUUAAUCAUAAUAGAGAAAUUUAAUGUAACAUUGAAAAUGCAUUACAUUUUAGUACUUGUUCAGCAGUAAUUAUGAAUUUAGUAUGCUGUUAAAUCCCAGUUAUUGCUCCAGGAUAACCAUUUCCACCAUUUGUAUAGCAAGACUGUUUGUGUGAUAAGAAAAGUUCUUUUCAGUUGAAUGAUUUCGAGUACGUUGCAUUCUGUAAAGAAUUGAACAGCACAGCUCUGGUGCAACAUCAAAUCACUGACAAUAACUUCUGGAUCUUUGUGUUUAAGUUUAUACAUAUGGACCUGCGGUCAGUUUCAGCAGAAUAAGGGCAUUAAAUGCCACCAUUACCACUACAAAAUCUGGGCCAAUAUUAUUCAUACUUAUGUAGCAUGGUUUUCAUUGCAAAACAUGUCUUUAUAAUGCCAAUGAUGUCUGACUCUGAGAAUAAUUUCCAGUCCAAAGUGUUAAUAAUUCUCCCUUUGAUAAACAAUCACACCUAUUAAAUAUUAAUAAGUUACAUUGUAAGUCUAAAGUUCUACACCUAGAACUUCUAUGAAUUCUUCACCAAAAGGAUAUUCACUUUUAUGUUGUUGGUAACGUUUUGGAUUGUUUCUUCCUUACACAAAGCACAGAUGGUAAUGCUGUUUUAUUACUGGUCUGAAACUGUGACAGUAAUUGCCAACCUUCCAAUCUUUUUCCUUUUGUUAAGGAAGAAUGCCUUUCUUCCACCCAAAUGGUUUGAACACAAUCAUCUUCAUUUCCAUAUACCAAUACUGACUUAAUCAGUAACAAGAGUAAACACAUUUCAUUAUAAAGUUCAACCACCAAUCUGUCCCACCCCUUCAUUUAUUUUCACCUCAGCCUUUGGCCAAUUCAAACACUCAGAUAAUUGUGUCACAAUAUUUAAAUUAGCUCAUCUCCUUUCCAAGGUUUGAGGUAGAACAACUACAUUGCCGUCAUCCUAAACUUUCUUUCUGCUGGAAGCAGCUUCCCAAGACUUUUCUGAUACAUCACUUUCCUUAUGGGCCAUUGCUGUGCAUUUUCAUUGGAAGUGAAGUGGUUACAUUUAAAAGAGGCCCCAGAUUGGAAAAAGCCCAGGCUUUUAGGUUUGUGAUUUACAAAUCUGCUUGUCCCUUAUCAACCCUAAACUGACUCUAGUUGUAAACCAGCUCCCCAUUUGAUCCCAAUGGAGCAUAUUAAAAUCCUUUAUGAUUUUGAACUGCACUAUCAAACCUCCUUUAACCUUUUAAUGAAAAAGAUGAAAUGUCUCUCAUUCACCCUUACAAUUAAAGCCCCUCAUCCAAUGUAGUUAUUUUCUCAGUCAAUUUCCUUUGUACACUUUGUAUCUUUGACAUCUUUGUUGAAGUAGGACCUUCAAAAUGGAACACAGUAUAUCUAAUGCAACCUAAACAAUGAUUCACUUCAUUUGAGCCACUGCUUUUGUGGUCUAUUUGGUAGAAAUGUAUCUGGUCCUCCUUUUGAGAAUAUCAUCAAGGUAACAUAGGCAGCAUGUGUGCCAAACAGGAGGCCCCAAAUAGACUCAUAUUUUUAUCUCCAGGCUUCAUUUCAAUAACUUUCCUUUGCAAAGUGCUUAUCAUCAGUUUUAUUGACUGAACAGAAUGUCUCAAAUUCCCUUCUCCAGUAUGGCACAGCUGAUAAUGCAAGUCUCAGUCAGGUGAUGAUGCUCCCCAAAAAUUGUUCUUUGCAUUCAGAAAUCAGGACAACCAGUUUCUACCUGCAUAUGCAUAUAUAUAAGAACUAGAAUAUCUUGGUUAUUUUCAGCAUUAUGAAUGGUAUUUGUGAAUCUGAACCCAAUAGUCUUCUUUCCAUUUAUUUCUUGUAUUCAUGCUGACUGGGCCAAUAUUCAUUGCCUAUUCCUAAUGCCCAUGAGUAGGUGAUGGUGAGCUGUCUUAAGCAGCUGCAACCCAUUUGGUGAUGGACUAGUGGUAUUGUGAAUAGACUAUUAAUCCAGAGACCCAGGUAUUGUUCUGGGAGCACAGAUUUGAAUCCUACCAUGAGAGAUGGUAGAAAUUGAAUCCAGUAGAAGUCUGGAAUUAAGAGCCUAAUGAUGACCAUGAAACCAUUGUCAAUUGUUGGAAAACUGAUCUGGUUCACUAAUGACUUUUAAGGAAGGAAAUUGCUAUCCUUACCUGAUCUGGCCUCUGUGUGACUCCAGACCCACUGCAAUGUGAUUUACACUUAACUGCCUUCUCGGACAAUUAGGGAUGGGCAAUAAAUGUUGGCCUGGCCCACAUACUAUGAAUGAAUUUUUUAAAAAUAUGUUUGGCAGAGGUAGAUCCACAAU